GAGAAAGCCACCAAGGAUUUGUUCUUUGAAUACACUCUCAACAGUGUGUCUUCUUAAGUGAGUCACAGUUCUACAAUGUGGGGCUUGAAUUUUUGUUUAAGAUUCUGAAAUUUUGUAAAAAUGAGUUGGAUUCUUUCCAUCUGGAUGGCCGAGGUCCUUCUGGUUUUCUGCUGGGGACAAAACAUUGUGCAUGAAGGAAAUAAUCUGUCCCCAUCUGGCUACCAUCUUUGUGUCCAUAAUGAGACGAAGACUGUGAGUUUCUUGGUGGUCCAGGCGGUCCCGUACACUCAGACGAAGCCUUGUGGCUGGCUCUUCUGGACCACGUGCACAGUCACGCUUUACAAGAUGACACAUCAGAUCAAGUACAAAGCAUUACAGGAGCAGGUGACAGGGUGCUGCCAUGGCUACGUGCAAGUUGGUCCUUAUUGUGCCUUAUCUGUAAACAGGAGUGAUGAGUUUACUGCCAAGCCAGGAUCCUGUCCAACUGCAGAUGGAUCGUCUCCCAGAUCUGAGGACUGUGGGUUUGACUUCGACUGUCCAGGCUGGCAGAAAUGCUGCCAGAGAUCCAGCCGCUUCCUCUGCAGCCAUCCUACAAGUUCAGAAAAUUAUUUUGGAAGCAGAGGAAGSCACUGGAAUGCAACAGUGACACUGAAAACUGACUACCAGGAAGUGAUGUCCAGGGAGAAUGGGCUUUUGAAUCUCACAAGAGUGCUACAAGCAAUGGUAACUGGCAUUCUACUGUCUGGAGUUUCUACAUUUUACCUCGACUCAUGGCCCGUUCACCCCRACAGAACCGCUUCUGCUCUGCUGAUUAGGAGCAACUUCCCUCUUUCACUGAACAACGUCACAUCAAAGCUGAACCUUCUUCUCAGACUCAUACCGGAGGUGUCAUCUGUAACAGUUCAAGAUGUGGAUGAGUGUGCUCACCCCGCUCUUCACCAGUGCUCCCCUCAGGCAGUCUGUAACAACACAUCAGGCUCCUACCAGUGUGUCUGUCACCACGGAUAUGUGGACGUCGAUCUCAACAACCCUGGUGUCAACUGCACAGGUGUCAUUGAGGCAUCGAGCCCCUCACUGCUGGACCUACCUGAGAUAAACACAACCUUGUCUCCAGUGUUCAGCAGCACAGAGGAGCCUCCAGGCAACGGCUCCAUAGGUUUCUUUAUCUCCUCUGAGACCAGCGUGACUGCAGCUCUGAUUAACACAAGUUCUGUCACUUCUGAUUCAUCACAUGCUCCACUGGGGACGACUUCAACGCUGAAUACCAGCAUGGACUCAGCUGCAUAUUCACCUCUGCCAACAACCACAUGCCCUUUUCCCACUAUCAGACGACUGUGGUCUGUGAAUGUGACUGGAACCUCCAUGUCUGUCUGCUGGUCAAGCGAGUUUCAGACAAACCAGACUUUCCAGAUUGCUCUGAUCAAGGCGUCGGAGGUCAUUUAUAUUUGGCAAACCAGUAGGACCAUGGUAGAGAUGACAGAUCUGGAGCCUGGAGGACUUUACAAUGUUACUGUCACACCUUGGGCUUGUGGAAGGCAGGGCCAAGCUCUUCAUAUAUUGGUCAGGACAGUUGCUCAGACUCUUGACGCCACAACUCGACUUACCAACAUCCAGUUCACUGCAGAUCUGAGGGACACCAGCAGCCAGGCCUACAAAAACCUCACAGACAGUUUCCUACAGGAGAUUUACAGGUCUCUGUCUCCAGAGGUCAAGACUCUGGUGGAUUCAGGUCAAGUCAGGAUCGAGAUCAGAGGGUUUUCAUUGGGCAGUGUGGUGGUACAUUUCACUAUCAUCUUCAGCCAAAGUCAAAACCAAACUGUAAAUAAUGUUUCCUCGGCUCUGGUGGAUUCCCUGGAGAACAGCUCCAAGUACACAGUGGAUACCAACAAUACAAGCGUCAAUGAUUUUGAUGAAUGUGCUUCAGAAGAAAAUGACUGUUCUCAGUGGGCGACAUGCACCAACACCUGGGCCUCCUACACAUGUGCCUGCUUUGAUGGCUUUACAGACUACAAUCCAGAAAGACCCGGGCGAACCUGUCAAGACUCUCAAACAACAACUUCCACUGAUUCAACCUCAGCUUUUGCUCAAGCCACCCCUCCUUCACUGGCAACACAAACUACCCCUUCGACCUUAAGCAUUACUGCCCCAACAACCACUGCACCCACAACAACCCUCACAUCUUACACAAUCACUAAUAACACAAGUUCAACCUCUCUCCCUGCUCCAACAACAUUAUCCACUCCAAGCACCCUAACAUCUUUUACAACCUUAACAAGCACCUCUUCUUCCCUGAGAGCAUCCAUUAACGCCUCUGAGCCAGGACCCAUCUCCGUCCAGUGCAGAGUCGCUGCCAUCACUGUGACUCUUGCCAAAGCUUUCCUUUUAAACUCAAACAUCCAGGAAAGCGCUCUGUACCUGGGAGUACUGGGAUGUGGGGUCAAUGGAGAAAAUGCCACCCAUGUUCAGCUGACUGUGGCAUGGGAUGAGUGUGCUACCAGGGUUGUGCAUAAUGAAACCACCUACACAGCGUCUGUGAUCCUGUACAACUCCAUGGAUCCCUACACCUCACCCACUGGUUCAGAGGAGGUUCCCAGAAUCCAGCUGGAAGUCCCCAUCAUGUGCACCUAUUUGAAGAGCAUGUUGAUCUCUGCAAACUUUGGCUCCAUGGGGUAUGACGUAAUCCAAGACGUCAUCACGAGUUCAGGGUCCUUCCAGGUGAUGGUGCAGCUGACGAACGGGGUGACCCCACUGCCCCAAAACUUCACCCUGUCCCCCAGCCAGGCUCUGGUGGUCGAGGUCAAACUCAACAGCAGCUCGGAUCAAAUGAAGGUCAUCAUGAACAAAUGCUGGGCCACUCCCACCCAGAACCCUGCAGACACCAACAGCAACACCUUCUUGGAGAGCAGUUGUCCCAUGAACAGCUACACCAAAGUGUUGACGAACGGGAAUUCCACCGUCUCACGUUUAUCUGUAAAAAUUUUCUCCUUCGUCAAUGAGAAUAUCAUCUAUGUGCACUGUCAGGUCCAUAUCUGUGUGCAGAUCGGAUCAGAUACCUGUGUGCCUGUGAGUGCUUUCCUCUCCACAAACAUUAAAUCCAGUCAGAAAGUCACAGUAUCUGAUCCUUUAUCCUUUCAACGCUCUGUUUCAUGUCUGAACAUUUGCAGAUCUAUUAUCUCUUUUUUUUUUUUUUUGCAGGACUGUUUUCAAAGAGCAGCUCAGAGUUCAAACAUAAUCAGAACAGCUUUUGGCUCAUCUGAGCCAGUACUUAGGUUAAAUGAAGAGACCCUGGACGAGAAGCUAAACACACUGCAAAUAGUUGGCUUCUCCUGUCUUGGAGUCGGCCUGUCCCUCCUCUUCGUCUUUGGAUUUGGCUGCCUGUUCUACUGCCAAAGGAACCGUAUCGGACACUACAAUUUCAACAUCACACCCAAACAGGAGAACUUCACCGUCACAUCCAAACAGGAGAACUUCACCUACCUUGUCUUUCACACUUAGAGGUGCAUCCAUGUAAUCAGUGCAGCUGCCACCAGGUGUCACUCAUGAACUACGCUUCAGGACUGUAAAAACACUGCAUCAUUUUGCACAGAAAGCAAUGCUUAAAAUAGAUUUAGGUUUCAACUUCACUUGAUAAAUGUUUCAAAAUAAGAAUUAUUAUAGUGUGGCUGAYCUAUUUCAUGUAAAUAAUAAUAAUAUAUUCUAAUUAUUUUAAAACAGAGUUUCUGUACUGAACUCUGAGCUUGAAUUAGAUUUAAAUGGACUACAGUAUACGCUGAUUUAUCUAAUAGGAGGGAUGGUCUGUAUGAAAAAUAUGCUGCUAUAUGCCCACUAGGUGAUGACUUUACAUCCAUUGUUUGUCUUUAUUUUUUGUUGUUGUUUUAGCAGCUGUUUUGCACAAAAAAGAUUCAAAUGUCUUCAGAA